AUGCCCUCUCGAGACAUCGUGUCCGGGCCAUCGACGCCUCUAGGCCUUCUGAUCGCACAGACUCUAUCAUUUGCCGCGAGCUGUUCCAAUGCAGCCCUCUCCCUCAUCGCCGUUCCCGCAGUCCUCCAAGCGCCCGCUCCCCUCGCCGCAAAACAAUGGUACACCGUCCUGACCCGCGGCGGCACCCUCGCUCGCCCUCUCGCCAUGCUCAGCGCCCUAGCAACAGCCUAUGCCGCCUACACACAACCCCGUGAUUCGAUACCCUUCAAGCUCCAUGUCGCCGCCACCAUCCUCAUCCCAUCGAUAGUGCCCUUCACGUUUGCCUUCAUUGUGCCGACAAACAACAAGUUGAUUGCCAAGAAAGACGAGUUUGCAUCCCUGAGCCAAAAGAGUGCGCGUACGAAGGCGGGCAUGCCGGGUGGCUGGGACGAUGUGGAAGCUGAUCGAUCCGAGACGGUGCAUGCUCUGAUAGAUCGUUGGGCUGUGUUGAACUUGCUGAGGGUGGGGCUGGUCGCUGGAGGAAGCCUAUGUGCCGUGUUGGCCGCCCUGCACCCGUGA